AUGGCCCAGCCCCGAAGGGCCGCGAAGCCGGCACCCAAGGCCUCGCAGGUCCCCACCGCGCAGACCGUGCGGAAGCCUCCGCAGCCCCGGCUCUCGCGAGGGGACACCGGCAGCCUGGGCAGGUGGGGCCACGUCGCCGCCGCCUCCUCCCGGGAGUCCUCCUUCUACGGCACGAUGACGCUCACCGGGCGCCGGCGAGGACUGCUCGAGCUGCUGGGGCUGCAGGGGGCGGCGCCCGCCGGGUGGCCGUCGGAGGAGCGCGCUGAGGAGCAGUCUCUGGGAGGGUCGAGCGGGGCAGGCGGCAGCAGGCUGUGUCUGGAGCCGGAGCACGCCUGGAUCCUGGCGACCGCCGAGGGUUGCAUCGAGGCACUGUGGGAACAGCUGGAAGCGGAGCCGACGCUGCUGCUGAAGGUCGACCCUAUUAGCGGCUACACGGUGCUGCACUGGCUCGCCAAGCACGGGCGCCACGAGGACCUCAUCAGGGUGCACGACUUCGCCCGGCUCCGGGGGCUGCAGCUCGACGUGAGCGUGCAGGGCAGCGGCGGCCUCACGCUCCACCUGGCGGCCAUGCAGGGCCACGACAUGGUCAUCAAGGUGCUGGUGGGCGCCCUGGGCGCUGACCCCACGCGCCGCGACCACAGCGGCCACCGGGCCAGCCACUACCUACGGCCCGACGCGCCCCAAGGACUACGGGACCUGUUGGGGGCCGAGGACUGGGGCCCCGCGGACAGCUACCCGUGGAACAACGCCAACAACAACAGCAGCGGCGGCGGCGGCGACUCCGCACGGCCGCUGCGACGGACCCAGAGCGCCAUGGGCGCCAUGGCCAUGGAUACAAGAGCAGCGGCGUCGCCCAGCAAGAAGGACUCCACUGGCAAGCGGGUGCCGCAUAUUCAUGGCUUUCUCCGACAUAUAUUCCCCUUCUUCCAGGACCGUUGAGGGCAAGCCCAGACUAGACAUCGCCAGAGACUGGGUUA